AUCAUGUCCCGAGAUAUCGUGUACCACAUUUAUGCACCCUUCUGUUCUCCAAGCCACUAAGGUGAGUUGCUGAUCCCAGGCAUUGUUUCCCUUGGGACGGAGCCUUGAGUCUCUUUUUCGCUCCGAAUGCUACAGGCACCCGUACUCAUACUGAUUUGGACCAGUUCAGCCCCCUUGUGCUGCAGGAACACGCACAAUCCUACGCGUGCGGCCCGCCAGCAUGUAAGAAAGAGAUUUUUCAUCGCGCCUCAUCACCAAGGACCCAUGGCCUGCUCACCCGCUGGAGCCACUGUCAACCCUGCUGGGUUGCCAUGUUUCGAACGCCUUGUCGUCAUCAUCCGCAAGGUACGCGAAUGCACCCGUGUUCGCUAAUCGGAAGCAUUCUGUGCAGUAUAAUGUAUGGCUGCGAUAAGACCAGCGUAUGAUGUUUCAGAAGGUGAGUAAUCCUCGAACUAACGUUGCUAAUGGGCACUGCAGUGCUAGACUGUGAACAAUUUUACGCCCUCUGGGAGACAGAGCAUUGGUCUUGUCAGCGGAAACAGUCGCCGACACAUGACGAAUUGCUACUCAGGGACAAUUUUCAUCUCCACGUUCAUGUACUGUAACCGCUCCAUUGUCAUAUGCAGGUUUUAGCUUUUUAUGGUAUCAUCCCUGUACCACGAUUGGAUGUUGCACAACCAUGAAGUCCUGGCCUGAACCUGGCGAUAUCCGUUUUCGUGUUUCGUCGUCCGGGUCUGACCUGGUAAAAAACAACGAUGUCUUGCCCAGGCCAAAUGGCAAGCAUCAUAUGAGUAUUAUCAGCCUUAUCACUCGCCAAUACAACCCUUGGCCUCCUAACACCGCAGC